CUGUCAGUGUGUAGUCCCCGGGCAGCAGCGCAGAGUCACCUGCAGCAGGUGCAGAGCGGGCAGCAUGCAGCACGGGCAGAGCAGGACCCUGCGGCUGGUGCACGGGCAGAGGCUGCAGGCUGUGUGUGUGCUGGGCACCAGCCUGACCGUGGACGUCAAUGGGGGUUCUCCGGUGGACUGUAAGUGGUUCAGCAUGCAGCACAGUCCCCACAUUGAGGCUAAAGUUCUCAACAGUGAGGUGGACAAGCAGAAAGUGGUGAAUGGAGAGAAGCUGUGGCCGCUGUCCAGCAAGACCCUGGUGGAGCUUACCGUGACGGUGCCCAGCGCAGAGACCAACGAUGGGAAGAUAACCUUCGCAUACUACAAAAAGGGGUCAGACGCGCCUGUUGACAAAUCCGGAAUCUACCUGACUGGCAUCCAGAUGUCCCUGGAUGUUGACGCCGAUCGGGAUGGACUGGUAGAGAAGAACAACCCACAUAAGGCCACCUGGACGUGGGGUCCUGACGGUCAGGGAGCAGUCCUGUUGGUGAACUGCGACAAGGACAGCCUGUUCUCCCGUACGGUUGAUGGUGGAGACAACAUUGUGCUCUCUAAGGCAGAUCUACUCGACAUGUCUAGAAUGGUCCUCAGGAUCCAGGGACCAGAGAAACUUCCGACCGGUUAUCAGCUACUGCUCUACAUCUCCGCCACGGACUCCGCGAGCCUGGGGGUGUUUCAUUUCCAGAAUAAGAUGUACUCGCAUGUCCUGGGGAGAGAGAAGCUGUACUACAAGGCCCGGUAUACGGGGACCAGCGAGCUGGAAUUCUUUGUGGAAGGAUUGCGUUUCCCGGAUGAGGGAUUCAAUGGGCUGGUGACGGUCAGAGCCAGCCUGCUGCAAUCUCAGGUGGAGGGCAUUCCUGAGACCCCAAUAUUCACAGACACUGUGACGUUCCGCAUCGCCCCACUGAUCAUUACUCCCAACACCUUGGAGCCCGUGGAAGUCUAUGUCUGCAGCGUGAAGGACAAUUUUCUCUUCCUAAGGGAGAUCAAGAACCUGGUGAGCGAGGCCAACUACAAGAUCAAGAUCUGUUUUGAAUACGUAAAUCGGGGAGAUCGCUGGAUGCAGGAUGAGAUGGAGUUUGGGUACAUCCAUGCGCCUCACAAAAUCUUCCCCGUCGUGUUGGAUUCUCCUAGAGAUGGCGAACUGAAGGAUUUCCCCAUUCGGGAAUUGCUGGGACCAGAUUUCGGCUACGUAACAAAAGUGGCAGCCUCCUCCGAGGUCACCAGCUUGGAUUCCUUCGGGAAUCUGGAAGUGAGCCCUCCCGUGACUGUUGCCGGCAAGAAGUACCCACUGGGGCGGAUUCUGAUUGGGAGCAGUUUCCCUACCACUUCUGGAAGGAGGAUGACUAAAGUGAUUCGGGACUUCCUGUAUGCCCAGAGGGUACAGUCGCCCAUCGAGCUGUUCACUGAUUGGCUGUACGUGGGGCACGUGGAUGAAUUCAUGACCUUUGUGCCGGCGCCGGAUCAGAAGGGUUUCCGGCUUCUCUUGGCCAGCCCGGCUACCUGCCUCAGAAUCUUCCAUGAGAAGAAGCAUGAGGGACACGGGGAUGUCACAAUGUUCCAGGGAUUCGAAAACAAGCGAUGGACCAUUACCAAGAUCCUCUCCACAGAUUCCGUAGUUUUGGAGAACAAUUAUGCGCAGCACUGCAUUGAUUGGAAUCGGGACAUCCUGAAGCAGGAACUUGGUCUGACGGAAGAUGACAUCAUCGAUAUACCUGCAUUGUUCAAACUGCGCCAAGACCAAGCCUUGGCUUUCUUCCCAAACAUGGUUAACAUGAUUGUUCUGGGAAAAGAACUGGGCGUUCCCAAACCCUAUGGACCUGUCAUCAAUGAGAUCUGCUGCCUGGAGGAUUAUGUCAUCUCCCAACUCAAGCCACUGGGACUGAAAUGCACGUUCAUAGAUGACAUUGUGUCAUACCACAAGAAACUGGGCGAGGUGCACUGUGGCACCAACGUGCGCCGGAAGCCGUUCACUUUCAAGUGGUGGCAAAUGGAAGAGCCUUAGAUUCCACACAGCCUGGCAUUAAUCUUCCCUGGCAAUCCUUCCCUUCUGUUUAGCCUUCCGGAACGCCCUCUGUUGUUAGGAUUGUACAAUAACACCCUUUUAAUCAAAUUGUAUGUAGCCUGGGACCGUUACUGUUGUCUAGUGGGGAAAACUUUUUGCAGGUUCUGGGGGAGAUGUAUUAAGUCUUGAUAGAUUUCACGGUGAUAAAGUAUCAGCCAAUCAGCUGCCAUCUUACAGGCUGGGUUUGAAAAAUGGUGCCACAGACAGUCCUAUUAUACCCGUUUUAUUGGCUCUGAACCCCUCCCUACACACACACAGUAACAGGCACACACAACUCACAGGCAGUCUUUGCCUACUGACCACAGAUAAUGAAUGCCAUUACAUAUUUAAAGGGACACUGGUUUAUUUGAUUGGGGAUUUUCCUGCAAAAUUGCUUACCUCUAAUUUCCCCAAUUAAACCUUCUGUAUGUUUCAUUUGGGGGAAGUCUGAGAGGUUCUCGGGUGUUAGUUCUGUUGAACGAACUGAUUGGGCAAAAAGUUUUCUUAACCACUGAACUGACGAUUUUUUUUCGCCAAAAACCGCUCAGAAAUUAUCUGGUUUUUUUUUAAUGAGUGAAUUAGGUGAAGAACAUGAAUUUAACCCUAUCCAAAAUGAUUUUAGUAGAAAAAAAAAGGAACCCUCCCCCUCCCCCCCAAAAAAAACAACAACAUUGGAACAUCGAUUGGGAACAUCGCGACCAUCAGAACAUUGCAACUCUAGUUUUUACACCCUGGACAGCUGGCAGGUACACUGGGGGGGGGGGGCUUGGUUUACACUUUCCAGUGGCUGCUAUUGUCUGCAGCCGCUGGAAGUGGUGGGGUGAGGGGGGGGGGGGGGGUCCUGCCGUGCUGACCAAUCAGUGGGGGAGAGUGCAGGGAGGAAGAGGGACCUUCUGGUCCCUCUGACAGCAGCAGUGGAGGGAACUGCCCGCACCAAUCACCUGUGUGAGUUAGCCGUGCCAGGUGUAGGAGGGGGGCUCAAGCAAGGACCACAUUAUAUUGACGUAUAGGGACUAAGCUUGGUGCAUCACGCAUUCCGCCUUGAUCAGGUAGGGUGUAAGGAUUAAUUUCUCCACAAGAACCGCCGUCAGGAGGAUGAUGGAGGUGGACGGUAGAAGCAGUCCUCUGUAGUGUCUCCCAACACCGCCAUAUGGGUGGGCUGUUUUGAGAAGAGAUAUAUAUUAUCCCUAGAAUUUGUGUUCUUCAGUUUUCUCCACUAGUCUUUGCUAAUUGAAACCUCUCGCCGUGUUUUUCUAAUUGAAACCUCUCGCCAUGUUUUUCUUGGGACUUACAGUGUUACCUGUAAUAGGUUUUGAGUUGUUUUUUUACACUAAUAACUUGUUAUUCCAUAAAAUUCUUUUCUUUGUACUGACACUUUGUACUUUCCUUGUUUCCGGGGUCAGUCACCUCCCAUGUGAUAGAACGGAGCUGGUUGCCCUCCUGCAGCCGGCGUGGCGGUAUUACACUAGUCUCUGGGGCACUUGUUUCCUCUGUAACUAAUCACCGGCUUAUGCAGAGAUGGAUUUGCUGGGAUAUAUAUGUUUAACCCGGUGGCCUUGGUGCAUUAUAUAUGACCCAUAUUUUGUCACUUGCGUCCUAUGUCCUAAUUCCGAGGGUUUUGUGAACCUUGUCUGUAUCACUGGACAAGCCGUCCAGCCCAUGUUACUAUUAACACGUAAUAAAAUCUUUGGAAUGAA